AUGGACCGCACGAAAUACCUCGACAGCCUGCGAGGCAUCGCCGCCGUCAUCGUCGCUUUUGACCGUGUGUUUCUAAACGAUUUGAAUCUCGCCUUUCGCUCCUACUGGACUGAACCCGCGUCGAAAAACCGAGUAUGGCUACAGUUACCCCCGUUCCGGAUCGUGUUUGCAGCUCAUGCGAUGGUGACGCUGUUCUUUGUUAUCUCGGGGUAUGUGAUAUCGAUCAAUUUGUUGCGAGUGCGACAGUGUCAGCAGCAAGAUUUUAUAAAUCAGGUGGCUUCUUCGGCGACGCGGAGGGUUUUUAGACUCUUUUUGCCUGUGUUGGUAAUUGCGUCUCUGUCGCAGAUUUUGUUCUGGGCGAAUCUAUAUACCUUCACCUCUGUGGAAAUCAAACAAUUCAUCGCCGAGAACAAGAUUCGGCCAUGGAGUGCGCCAGGAGAUCACCUCGCAUACUUGUUUCGGUAUAUGACCGACAUCAUCAACCCGUUCGGUGCGCUGCAGCCUAAAGAUGCGAACCAUGGUCUUAAUGAACAAUUUUGGACGAUGCCGGCUGAAUUUCGCGGAUCCUGCUUGGUGUAUUUCUUGGUCGUUGUCAUGUCCCCCUGGAGAGCACAGACGAGGUUGAUUGUGCUUGGUGGAUUGGCCGUGUACUUCUUAUGGUCUGGGAUGUGGGAUGUUGCGACGUUUAUCGCUGGUUUGUGGUUGGCAGAGCUUAAAAUCAAUGAAGAGGCUGAAAACGGCUAUACAUAUUCUCAUCACUAUCCGGAUCUUGAGGAUGACUCGGACGUAUCUACCACAUCAUCUCUGUCGUCAAUCCUAUCGUCAUGGAGCGGAGCGUUCAGCUCUGACAGCAAGAUGACACGCCAGCUUUUGACGCCUGUCUCAAUAACCAACCUCAUCCUCUUUGCUCUCGGGAUUCAUCUCAUGUGUCUCCCCUCCGGCAGCACGGAGGUAAAUGACGGUCACCUCACAACUGGAUACCGCACGCUUCUACUCUUACAACCAUCGACCUGGAAAAAUUGGGACGUAGUCCAUUACAGUUGGAAAUCCGUUGGGUCCGUUUUAGUGAUCUACGCAAUCAAUAGCUCUCCCCGUUGGCUUUUUCGACGCCCCCUCGAAACAUCCCGGACACUACGAUACCUUGGCCGAAUCUCAUUCCCGAUGUAUCUUAUUCAACAAAUCGUCUACUCUCUUUGGCGCGAAUCUGUCAAGAAUUGGAUCUGGAAGGAUCUGACCGGGUAUGAAUAUCCUGGUGGACAGCUUGCCGGCAGAGAGCCAUUUGCACGUUUCGUUAUGUGGAUGGGGACAACUAUGAUCCUAGGCCCUGUGUUAGUGUAUUUGUCCGAGGAGGCUGGGAGGGAGGUAGAAAGAUGGUUGAUGUAG